AUUACUUUGAAAGACGCUGAUCGAGAUAUAAUAUUACAAUUAUUUCAUUUUGAUUAAGUAAUGACCAAUUUUAAAUAAAACAAACAAAAAAACAAGAAUCAAGUUUAUUUGUAGUUGCAAACGUAAUUAAUGUGUUUUUACUAACUUUUUUGUGUCUUACAAGGUUAUGCUUUUUUCCUACGGCAUCUCUUACAUCAUGUGCAAAUAAUAUGCUGAUUAGCCAAUGUAGUCAUCUAACAACUUCUAUGACAGCCAAUAGCUAGUAGCUACAUUUCUUCCUGAGGAGUUUGCAAAGUGCGCAGUGACAGUUUGACUCAGUGACGACGCAAUAGCUGACAACUCGAUCAUCAGACAGCCAAAUAAACAAAACAACAAACUCUGUGAAGAUGAAUUAUGUGCUUUUGAGAAGACUUUUGCCCAGUGUGGCAAAGCACCAACAGUCGUACUGGAGUGGUUUUCGUUCUUUCGCAAUCUUGACGGAUGACGUCCAACCUGCGGAGUGCGUUGGCGGGUCGUGGGGGUAUGCUGGAGCCUAUACCAGCUGACUUUGGGUGAGAUACACCCUGGACUGGUCGCCCGCCAAUCACAGGGAAAACAACCUUUCACACUCACAUUCAUACCUAUGGACAAUUUAGAGUCGCCAGUUAACCUAACAUGCAUGUUUUUAGAAUAUGGGAGGAAACGAGAGUACCCACGCAGGUCAGGACAAUAAGCAUUCAGUGAGGAAGAGGUCACAUCCUCCCAGUUGAGGAGCAUGCUGUCCAAGCGUGACCUUCAACUGUUUGAUGUGAGAAAUCCUGAUGAAUUCAAGGCCGGCCACAUCCCGCAUGCGGUCAACAUGCCGUUGGGCAGUCUGGAAGAGUCUCUGAAGAUGUCCCCAGAGAGCUUUCAGCAGAGAUUUCAAGUGAGGGCGCCUGGAAAAAAGGACGACAACAUCGUGUUUCACUGCUUCAGUGGGAGGAGGAGCGCCAAAGCGCUGGACAUCGCCCGCAAGAUGGGCUUUAGCAGGGCCAAACAUUAUAAAGGAGGCUACAGCGAGUGGGCGGAGAAAGAGAGAAAACAGUUGUGAAGGAAACCCUAAAUACACGUGUAACACUGGAGUCUACUUUCCAGGCGAGCACUGUAUUGUAAUACACACUGUCACUGUUAAGAUGUGCGCGUGCUCAUAGAAGACGCAAUGAUGGACAAACCUGCACUUGUCGUUGAAGUCAUUGUGACGGCAAUCAAUAAAUGCAACAUGAGCUUA